GAAAUUUGUCACUGUCAAUCUGUCAAGAGAUGAAUGGGACAUCGGCUUGCUAAUUAAUUAAAAAAUAUUAACAAAAUAAAAGAAACAGAGGAUUAACUCUGUUUCAAAAUGUCUGUAAAAUUAUUCUCGCUUGGAAACAUUUUGAGCAGACCUAUAAGUAUUCUUUUGAAGCAAAACAAUGUAACACCUAACCUUAAAACUACGUUCAGCACUUCGUCUGUUGCUUGUGUGAAUUUUUUCAACAAAUUGCCUGCAGAAAAGCUGUGGAAGUCAGUGACAUCCGUAAGUAAUGCUGGUGCCAAGAAGGGUCGUGGUAGAGGAGCGGGACGCAUCCGUAUCCGCGAUUUGAACCGCGGUCAGGUGAUUGGAGUUGGCAAGAUAAACAUGCUAUGGCCUGGUUUGUCUGCACCUGUAAUUAGAGGCAGAGAGCUUCUUAAACAGCAAAGACUACCUGACGACCAAGAAAGACUUGAAAAACUAAUUAAGAUCAGAGAUUCAAUGACAAAGUUCCGGCGCCUCAAACUCAGUCCUAUAGAGAGAGGUUGGUCUGGCACUAAAUUGCCAGGUCGCAGCCUUGGACCCCCUGAUCCUAUCGGAGAAGAUGAAUUUAUUGGGUUUGACACAAAAAUCUUGCAGUUGAGGUCACUUCUGAUCAUGAAGGGAAGUCUUGGUCGUACAAGAAACUUUCAGGCAAUGGUUGUCACUGGCAAUGGACAAGGACUGGCUGGGUUCGGUAUUGGUAAAGGAAAGGAAGCACCAGCUGCAUUGAGGAAGGCUAAGAACAGGGCUGGCCAGAAACUCAUGCAUUUUGAAAUCUACAAUGGGCACACAAUUUUCCAUGAUUUCUACACAGCAUUUGGAAAAACUAAAAUAUUUGUUCAGAAAAAGAAUGAAGGCUAUGGUUUGAAGUGCCAUAGAGCUAUCAGAGAAAUCUGCCAAGCUAUUGGCAUCAAAGAUAUGAGAGCCAAAGUUGAAGGGUCAAAUAAUUUGCAGCAUAUUGUUAAGGCUUUCUUCCUUGGUCUUUUGCAACAGAGAACUCACCAGCAACUGGCUGAAGAGAAAAAACUGCAUUUAGUGGAAUACAGAGCAGAAAAUGAAUACUUCCCGAAAGUAGUUGCCAGCCCUUCUGAAGUCAGGACAAAAGACCAAGUACAAAAGAAUGAGACCCUUGAUUUCACACAGUAUGUCAUGAACGACAAAGUCAUAUUGAAAAAGAAGAAGUUCCCACCUUUCUAUGAGAAAAUGCCUCACUACCAGAUAUAUCUUAAAAAAUACGAGAAGUACAGAAACCAUGAGAAGAUCAGACGCAACCUGAAGGUAGAGUAUGGUGAGGUCAAGAGCUUCCUCAGUGACAAAUACCCUGAAAAGGCAGAGCAGGAAGCUUAGAUAUAGUUAAAGUGUAAAUAGUUGUUAGAAAAUAAAUAAAACAAAUGUAUGUUGCAA